GUUACUUCAACUGAGAGCUGCUAAAACCGACAGACAAGACAACGUGAACUUGCAGAGCUACACUAAAACACUGCAAAAAUGGAGUGGACCGCGAUGGAGAUCAAUCCCGAGAUGCUGAACAAGAUGAUGAGCAAGCUAGGCGUGGGUGAGAGCUGGCACUUCGUAGAUGUGCUGGGGCUGGAGGGUGAGCAACUCUCCGCCGUCCCGAGACCAUGCUGUGCCCUGAUGCUACUCUUCCCACUGACACAACAGCAUGAGUCUUUCAGACAGCAGCAGGCAGACAAGGUUGCAGAAAACUCUGAGGUUUAUUUCCUGAAGCAGACAGUAGUCAAUUCCUGUGGCACCAUUGCUCUGCUGCAUGCUGUGGCCAACAACAAAAGUAAACUGACUUUUGAUACUGACUCUGCCUUGAAGAAGUUUCUAGAUGAGACUGCAAACAUGUCUGCCAAUGACCGUGCCAAACAUCUGGAGAAAAACCAGGCAAUCUCUGAAGCUCACAAUGAGGUUGCAGUGCAGGGCCAGUGUAGGCCGGAAGCCGACAAAGUCAACUUCCACUUUAUUGCCUUUGUCAAUGUAAAUGGACAACUUUAUGAAUUUGAUGGAAGAAUGAAUGGACCAGUGAAUCAUGGAGGCACCAAAGAUGAAUCCUUCAUAACGGAUGCAGCCAAAGUGUGCCGUGGAUUUAUGGAAAGAGAGCAAGGCGAAGUACGUUUCUCCGCAGUUGCUUUUUGUCACAGUUAGAUAUUUGGUUGGAAACAGAACCAAAUUGUAAACCAAAAUGUCUUGGAGCAUUCACAUGACAAACACAAUCAGCAGGCACCCAGAAUGACCUGUGUACACAUACAUCUGCAGACACUAUGCACUAUAAAGCACAUGUUGUUUCCACAUAUUGCACACUCAUCUCAUGAACAAAGCAUUCUUUAGCAUUAGCACAUAUACACACAAACACACACACACACACAAAAAAAAACAUUUUGUUCUGCUAACACCAACUGAUACAUGCUUGCCCAGACCUUUUAUAUGUGAUAUCAUUUAGCAGUAAAAAUUGUAAAAUAUGAGGUCAGACCUCACCACUGCUUGUGGGCAUGUGUGUAUCUUUUUUUGCAACUUUUUUUGUACGUAAUCACUGGUGCAUCUGUGUCAAACUCAAAAGACUGAUGCUUAAAUACCUUUUGUGCCAAUAAGAGUGAGAAGGAAAAGGUAGAAAACUUGGUUAGGGAAACUUUUUGCCUGUUUGUUUGAAUGCCUUCGGUUGCUGUGUGGUUGAGCUUGUAAGGGUCUGACAUUCCUCAGAAGAGCCCAAAUGUAUCCGUAGGAAUAAUUUAACCAUUGUUCAGAGCAUGCACGCAACCUUUUGAGUCAUGUUCUUGGGUGUCACACUGACAUUUUUCAGAGAAAUUUAAGUUUUCUGCCAGAAGUUAGAAUUUAAAGUACACGAUUGAAGUGAUAGUGGUGGAUUACAGAUAUCGUCUUUAUUUAGGUCACUGUCAACAAUCCACAAAAGCUCAAAUAGUCAGAUGCACUUGUUACUGUGCAAGUUUAACACAAAAAAUACAAAACAUUCAAUCAAAUUAUGGACCAUCCAAAUUAAGUGCUACUGUAUGUUGGGUUGUUGUUGUGCAGUGCAGGGUGAUUAGUACUGUAUGUCUAGGUUGUGCUCAAAUUGUUUACCUUUCUGCACUUUCCAAAAUACUGUGUUGCUGUAGUUCUGCUGGUGAUGCAGCUGUGGGAAUUCAAUAAAGCAACCAUUAAACUUG